GGGCGAUAGGAGGCCAUGUCAACAUAGUAAAGAUAGCCAUACCGUCACAGAAGUUCAGCUUACGAACGGACCAAAUUUAAAGAUGCUUCAGAAGAUUAUUUGUGUUUGCCUUUUGGCUGUAGCCUCAGCAAAUGGUGAGGACAGGGCAUCAUCGGGAGAUCAGCCGGGAGAAGUGGCCUUUUCUGCGGGUCUGACGAACAUGUUAACGCUGACUCAUACAGAACGAGUAUUGUACGACCGGAUAUACACAAACAUCGGCAGCAGUUACCAUAGUAACACCGGAACAUUCGUAUGUCCCACCGCCGGAAUAUACGUGUUCCAGUUCCAUUCCGUCGCACAUCAGAACAAGGCGGCAUGGCUUCAGCUUUACAAGAAUUUUGAGUACGUGGCAUCCACUUACGGACACACCUCGAACGACUACGCCUCCACCGGGAACUCAGUCAUCUUACAUCUAUCCAAAGGUGACGAGGUGUAUAUCCAAGCUGUCGACCCUGCCUACGGUUACGCCACAAAUCUGUACGGGGCCAAUGAUGAGGUCUACUGCACAUUCUCGGGCUAUAUGAUCUCCCCAGUCUUCGAGGAAAUACCUGGCAACGGAAAGUGAUGAUGUCAUAAUGUUGUGCGUAUCGUUACCUCAAAUAAAACAAGUAUUCUUAUUUUAUUGAAAA